GGUCAGUGCCUCGCGGAGCGGGCUCCACCCUUGACAGGCCCACUGUCGUGCUAAACAUGCGCCGGCUCAACUCGAUCAUCCCAAUCGACGGCGGGGAGCGUGUCGUGUGCCUCGCUGGCGCAGGCAUCUACGACGUGCUUACCAAGGCCGCCUCGCUCGGCCGAGAGUCGCAUUCGGUGCUCGGCUCCAUCUUCCUCAACCCGAGCACCGGCGCGGGCAUCGCGUUUGGCUCGGGAGGGACCCAGACCAAGAAGGGGCCUGUGUACACGGAGCGGCUGCUGUACGCGUCGGUGGACAAGCAUGGCAAGGUUCAGCUCACUAACACGCUCGGCCUCAAGGGGUCGGGCAAGGAGCUCUACAGCAAGCUCGAGGCGGGGUCGCUCUCGCAAGCGGACGUCGACCCGAAGUGCCGCCUGCCCGCGUCGCAGACGUCGUACAAGGACGAAGUGUGCCAGCUGGACAAGUCCGUCUCGCGCUUCAACGCGGACACAAAGGGACCGAGCGCUUGCCGCUCCGAGGGCAAGGUGAUGAUCCUCGCGUCGGUGCACGACACGUUCGAGAAGCCGCAGUCGGCCGACGUGCUCUGGGUCUCGUGCAAGGACCUGGCCACGGCGCACAAGGUGAAGGCGGAGGUCAACUUCGGCAACGGCGUCAAGGACAUGCCGCCCUCGUGCGAGUACAUGGACGCGGACUCGGUCAAGGCCGUCGACGAGGCGGGCCGCAUCAUCUGCUGGGCCAUCCGCGUGGUUGGCAUCGGCCCGACUCUAAAGAUGGCG